AUGAAUGUUCCAGUAAAGCCAAUCGACAGCUGGUCAAGCAGGAGAUUGCCUCGGAAACAGCGUCAGCAUGAAUGUUCCAGUAAAGCCAAUCGACAGCUGGUCAAGAGGACUCAGAUUCCUCGGAAACAGCGUCAGCAUGAAUCUUCCAGUAAAGCCAAUCGACAGCUGGUCAAGAGAAAUUCGCCGUUGCUCGGAAACAGCGUCAGCAUGAAUCUUCCAGUAAAGCCAAUCGACAGCUGGUCAAGAGGAAUCCGCCGUCUUCUAAACAGCGUCAGCAUGAAUCUUCCAGUAAAGCCAAUCGACAGCUGGUCAAGAGGAAUCCGCCGUCGUCUUUUGGUGGAACCGACCUUCGAAUCUCUUUACCCAACAUUUCAUUCAAAAUGGGAUUUUCCCUUAAUCAUUUUAGGUAAGUACCGACGCGCUACUUUAUUAAUUGAUACAGGUGGCCGACGUGUUGAGGAGCUUAUUUCUCAGCUAAAUGAUGCCCAAGGCGAUCUGGCCGACCAGAGAGAUGCUAUAAAAAAUCUGGUUAUCGAGCGUGACAACCUCCGAAUUUCUGUCUCUAAACUUGAGUUCCUUGCUGCUCAGCAGCGCCUUCGAGAAAUUCCAUUACGCGAGGAGAAUGCACGUCUUGAAGCUCGUAUCACUGAACUCCAAUUGGAGUUCAGCAUAAUGGCUUCUCAAAUUAAGAAACUUGUGAGUCAUUUCCCAGAAAUAUUCUCUUCAUUUACACUAAUUUUUAUCUGUAUCAAACUAUGUUUCUGUUUUCCUGGUUAUUCUUUAUAUAGUUAG